AAUCAACAAUGCCACCAAAAAAAGAUAUUGAUAAUCGCAGUUAUGAAGUCCACUCCAUUCGCCGUAAGAGAAUCCAUCGGGGUAAGCCACAGUACAUGCUCAAAUGGGCAGGAUGGAAGGACGUAUCAAACACUUGGGAGACUCAGGAGAGCCUCCAUCAUAUGCGUGAUUACGUUGAUGACUUUGAUGCUAGAAUAAAAUCAAGAAUUCGUGAGAAUCUCAAGAAGAGGAACAAGCAUCAGACCACUCCUUCACAAGCAUCGUUGUGUCCUUUUAUUGCGAAUCCAUCUCCUCUUUUUUCUGAGUCAGAAGAGGAGGAGGACGAGGACGAGGAAGAGGAGAAAGAAGAGAAAGAAGAAAAAACUAAAGAUGAUAAAGAGGACUCUGAUUAUGAUGUGAAUGUUAAAGUCUCCCCUGGUGUUAGACAACCAAUUGCAAGAACUUGCAAGAAUAUGAAGAACAAGAGUCACGAAUCUUCAGGUGUUGAUAAUCCUGUGCAUGUGUCUUCUGAGGAAGAAGGUUAUGAUAAAGAAGAUUGUAAUGUCAAUAUUGCCCCUACUCCUCUUCAAACCCCAAAUCGUAGACUAUCACAUGAUGAUGGCAAGGAAGACAAUGCUCAACCAGAUCCUGAAGAGCAUAUUCUUGCCAAUCCUCAAAUUGUCCUUUUUGCUGAUCCAAUUUAA